AGCACAGCGAAGUCGAGUUGCUGUUGAGGGCCUCACAAGCGGCGGUGAGCUCGAGGGAAGUGACGACCGCCGCUGACGACGAUUCUACACUUCACUCUACGUCUUGAUUUGCCGUUUAGGUCCUCCUGUAAUCGCUCGGAUCGAAAUGUCGGCAUCCUUCUUGAAGUCCACCGAAUAUCCGGAAGGAUUCCACCUUGAAUUCUCGGAAUUCCAUUCAUGUUUCGCCUAGAAAGGUGCAAUUAUACCCGUGUCAUCCGGAUGAUGGCAUUGCGUUUAAUCUCGAGCUGUCGACUCUGUCGUCACAUGAAGUCGCCAUCAGUUUCGCUUAGGAAAUCCUAAAAACUCAGCACAUUGCGCUCGUGUAGAAACAGAACGCAGGAUUUUAUUGAGGGGCGUAGGAAUGGACAUGCAGUCGCGGUUGGUCUCAUUCUUGGUGGUUGCUGGAGAGCGGCAUUUGCUGAAGAGGAUGGAAUUUCGAGGUAUUUCUCUUGUUGUUGGGUCCACCAUUACGUUGAAGGAUGGCUUUUGCCUCUAAAUUUGUGGGACAGUCCACCACAUGUUUCAAUUAUUUUUCAUUCUUGGUGUGAUAACUCUCGUCCAAGUUGUUCAGUACAGACUAGCGACUUCGGGAUAAGUCACAACCCUCCCAGCCUUAUCGUGAGUCGCAUGGUUGUGGAGUUUCGGCGUGACAUGGAAGAAUCUCUGUGAUUUGUUGGUUUUAGUUUCUAACACAAAGUGAUCGGAAGUUCAGUGAGUCCGUUUGAGAAAUCAUACUAUCCGAUUGAGGGUUCGUGGAUUUACCCAAAACAGAGAAAGAAAUUGGAAUUUGCACGCCUGAUAAGAAGAGAGGAGGCAUGAAAGGAAGCGGUGAUGUCAUAACCCUUCAGCAGGUUCAACCGAUCCUCUUUUCGGAAAGAUGGGCGGAUUUACAGGAAAAUCCACUAGAUACUUUGGAGAAUCCAACAGUAAAUUCUUUCUGGAAAGUAACUCACUGUCUGAAAAUUUAAACUGGCGUUGUCGGAUUCAUGCACCGACAUCACAUGUUCCAAAGCAUAGUUGACUUUUAUGCAGACAAUGUCUGUACAAGCAUCGAAUUUGCGUCUAGCAGCACUUCGUGUGGUUUCGGGACACAGAAAGAGCUUCAUGUAUUCUGUUCAUAGCGGAUCGAGGAGGUUAUGGAGUUUAGCAGUGUGUUGGCGACGGAGGUGUUUGGACUCGCGUGCUUAUGAUCGAUCUGAGGGUUUGGUUUUGCGUCCCUUGGCUAGACUUGGCGGAGGUUGAAUCAGCAGAGACGGAACAGGGUCGAAUUCAACAUACAAUUGUGCGGUGUAAAGAGACGUCAGACUUCAAGAGGACUCCGCUUCUUUCAAUUCUGUAAAGUUUGCGAUGUCACUGUAGUUGGCGUCAUGUGUGGUGAGGCUAGACAUUGUGCCUUCAGAAUCUGCUGUGGUGGAUUUUGUUGGGCCUGGUUUAUGCUGGGUGAGAACUGCGUGGAGUUUGAGGGGUUGUUUUCGUAGCGGUAAUCUGCCGUAUCAUUAUCCCUGCACCUAAUUCCGAGUAGCUGGCUAUUUUUCUUGUCUACAACGCUCUUUCAGUUUCCAGCUUAAGAAUUUGUUUCCCGUUUGUUUACUGUCUCAAUUUAAAAGGACGUGGAUUUGACACAUGUAAACAUUUAAGCAAUUGACUACAUAGACAAGCCUAAGUGAACAAGGGAGACAGAUUAGGUAGACGUGUGAAGUUUCAGGCACGUUUUCAGCGUUAUUGAGUUCUUGUUUGCGUUAUUGUCUAUUUGGUUAGGUACUUGUCGCCUCGUUUUCAUAAUUUAUUUGUUUGCCUCAUGCCAAGGGAUGUGAAGGUGCCGUGUGAAUUGUCCUACUUGUUAACAUAAGUCUGUCUCUUAGGUUUGAGGUAUGAUGCUAAAUACCCACAAUAUUUCUGUUUAUAGAGCGCAAAUUAUCACCAUUGUAUGUGGUUUUUAUUAACAUCAACACUGUGGAGCUGUGAGGAGAAAAGCACCGACUUCACGGUAUGGCAUUUCCUACGUCUUCGGAUCCAGAUUCUGGUUGGGAAAUGGUCGAUGAGCCAAUUGAUCAAGUCCGACAAGCCUUGGCAAUUAUUGCGAAUGUUCGGAAAAUCUCCGAAACUGUAUGGGUGAACAAGCGCCAGUGCAAGCGCGUUGCAGAUCGUUACUUUGCCAUAAGUGAGUUACUGAAUAACAUGAGCUGCGACAAAUAUUCUACUGUUGGCAAAGCAUUUGGUGGUGGCAGCAGCAGCAGCAACAAGGACUAUCCUGCCUUUGACGAUCUUCUCACAGUGCUAUUGAAGGGGCAGAGUUUGGUAUCGUACUAUGAGGAUCCUAAAGGAAUUAGCAUUGUUAUUAGCCGGACUGAUAAUCGAGAGGCAUUUAAGGAGAUUCAUGAAGAACUCGACACCAUGAAGGCGCAGUUUGACUUUGAGGGCUUGACGGAAGUCUUCGAGUCCACAUCGGUCCAGACGAGGAUCAAUAUACUGACAGCAGAUGCCGAAGCGGACAAGAAAGAGAUGCAGGAGAUUUUUACUAACAUUCAGGAGUUGAGUCGAACAACGGAUAUGGGUAUGGAUGCGGAGAAGAUAGCACACGUAGUUCUGGAGAAGAACGAGCAUGCAAAGGGCAGUGACGAGUUGCCGAGUUAUCUUAAAAUUAAUUUGGCGGCUAUAGAAAUCAACAGCCCUGUGCGCGAGUAUAGGAGACAAAGUACGCGAGAUCCAAAGGAGAUGGAUGGUUGGGUGCUUGUAUUUUCCGGUAAAUGGCUUGGCUGCGAUUUUGCCGUUAAAGUAUUCAAAGCUGGUGCAGUUGGUGGUGCAAUGUGGAACAAGCAACAAUUGUUGAAGGAGGUUGGCUGUUUGGAAGGAUUGAGGCACCCUCAUAUUACCCGCCUUGUUGGUUUUGGUCAGGACAAUGAAAAAUCUAUUUUCUUGAUGGAGUUAAUGGACGGAGAUUUAAGAGACUUCAUGAGACAGAAAUUGCAGUUUGCUCCGACACCAAAUUCUCGGCCCUUUAAUCGGAGUGAAGAACUCGAUAUCAUUACACAGAUUGCGAAAGGCAUGUACUAUAUGCACCAACAGGGAUAUGUACACGGAGAUCUCAAGUGCUCUAAUCUUUUGGUUAAGAAUUGUGAUCAAUACCUUGAAGUCAAAAUCUCUGAUCUCAGGGGGUCUCAGAAACUCGACAAAGAGUGGGAUCCUGUAGCAUUCAAACAAGCAAGUUUGACAAGACGGCCUCGAUGGACUGCACCUGAGGCCAUUGCAGAGUAUGGUGGAUUACAGCCUUCGAAGGAGUCAUUGAAGAAGAGCGAUGUUUACAGUUUUGGAAUGACUUGCUAUGAAAUUGUGACAGGAAAAUACCCCUUCGAUGGAAUAAAAGAUGAUCACCUUCUAAAACAGAUCGAAGAAGGCUUUAGGCCAGAGUUGCCUGAGGACUUAGACAAGUCUCUCAAGGGGCUAAUUACAACGUGCUGGGAUAAAGAACCUAGGAUCCGGCCGAGUUUUGAAAAUAUCUGUCAUCUUUUAGGAGUAACAAGGUCCAAAAAGCCUCCUGUUACAAUUACUUCGCCUGGGAAAGACGUGUUGGGUGUUUUCAGGGGCAUAUCCAUAGUUCGGGAGGCAGUCUUCGGCUUGAUUGGAAGGAAGCGAAAAAUUCAAACACCAGAACAGUCGAGCACGUGGGAGGCGCAGGAAGAAGAUAGUACCCAUUUUCGUCGCAGUCCUAGUGAGCUUAUGGUGCCUGAGUAUUUGAGGAUUCCGCCCGGGGAGCUCAAAAAAGUGAGAUGUAUUGGACACGGGAAUUCUGCAAAAGUUUAUGAGGCAACCUGGUUAGGCUGCACCUUCGCUGUGAAGAGGUUUAAAACAGGCUCAUCUCAUCGAGACCUGCAGCAUGAAGUGGAUUUUUUGAUCAACCUAAGUCGUCACCCUUGCAUAGUGCAGAUGGUAGGUUUAUCUGUGGACUCAAAAGAUAAGUGCUCAAUUGUGAUGGAGUACAUGAAAGGCAAUCUGCAUGAGUUGAUUUACAGUCGGAUGCAGAAAAAAAUCUCAGAGGCGACAGGACAGAAGAUUCCUGCUUGUGAUGUUGUGCCCUUUGACAUCCAUGAGGCUGUGUUCAUCAUCACCAGAAUUGCAUUAGGUAUGGCCUAUCUGCACUUUAAGGGGGUGAUGCACAGAGACUUGAAGCCCGUCAAUGUGCUCGCUCAGGAACAUGCUGGAAGUCUAGACGUGAAAAUUGUGGACUUCGGCAUCUCUCACCUCGAACUGCCUUCGGAUUCAAGCCAAGCACGAGGACCUUACAUGAAUGCAGGCACUGGGUUUUGGCGGGCACCUGAAAUACUCCCAGGCUGCGAUGAAACACGAGGAAAGCUUGAUCUUAAGGCAACAGAUGUUUACAGUUUCGCGAUUACAUCGUACGAGAUCUUGACAGGAAUAACUCCUUUCUUGGAUAUAAAACGAAAAGAUUACCACAGAGUGAGAGAAGGGCUUCGACCGAAGCUCCCUGCAGAUCUGAACUCAGAGUUGAAGGAGCUCAUCGAGCAAUGCUGGCACACAAAUCCUUUGAAAAGACCAGCCUUUCCAGAGAUUUGUGAAAGACUAGAGAGAAUUCAGAGGAUGCUGCCGAGAUCUACUUCAUAAGGGUAUCGAGUCUCCAAACCCUAAACCCCAAACCCUCAAAUCCUGACUCGACCCCUUCAGUGAAGAGUGAAGGAUGUGAAAGCAUUAGAGGCACGUCAUCUUGCAGCAUUUUAAAGUUUUGAGAUAGUUUUUCUCUUUAUCCUGCAUUGUUUAUUGGUGUAAAUAACUUUCUGUAUUUCUACUCAGAUAUGCUCCGAUUUUGUUUUGUUUUA